CGCUUAAGCCAACAUCACUUAAUCUUAAAAAGACUAGAACCGAAAAUCUGAAACUACUUUAUUAAAAACAAACUUGUUAUCGUCUGUCAAAAUGCCAUCUGAUUUUGAUUUCUGCAUUAAUUUGGCUUUUAUAUUCAAAAAAAUAAAAAGAUCUUGGCUCGUACAACUUUGUGAAACAUAAUCAAUAACCAUAAGCCAAUAAAUUUGAAAUGGAAGACCGAAGCUGACCUAUUUUAUCAAACUAUUAUAUCUAAAAAUGGCUAUACUGCACAGAGCACUCUUUACGUGGUUUAUUUUCUUAGUUUUUUUAAUACUCUUAUGCCUGAGACUAGAAUCAAGAACACAUUGGAAUUGGUUUAUUGUAUUUAUUCCUAUGUGGGUUUACGAUAGCAUUUUAUUAAUAUAUGUUUUAUUUCAUAUGGUGUCUCACUGUCGAAAUGGUAUCGAGAGGUUUAGGGGCACUAUCAAUAAAAAUGUGUGGUAUAUAGCAGCAAUUGGCCUGAAAAUGGCAGCGCAAAUCAUAAUUUGCAUCAAACUGGAAUAUACGAAGUUUAACUUGCCUAUAUAUGUAGUGAUGACUCCUAUUUGGAUGUUACUACCAGUGCUAUGUGUUGAAGUAUUUAUGCAUCUAAUAAAACAUUCAAGUCGAAGCAGUAGAUACUAAAAGUUACAGUCCAUAAGCUAUAAGUACUUAUUAAGAACACUUGUUUUAUAUCUUCAAGUAGCUUUUUGUUCAAGUGAACUUGCAGAUUAAAUGAAACAUUCAAGCAGAGCUACAGUACUGUACCACUCAUAUAAGUUGAU